CUUCGUUCUUCAUUAACCUAACCACAUUCACAAUGGUCGCUGUAGAGAAGAAAGAGAAGAAAACAAAUAAUAAGCUAAAUGAUAAGAAAAACAAGGACAAGAAAUUGAAAAAUUCUAACAAGAGUUCAAAAACCGAGUUACAAGCGCAUAAAACCGAUGUCAGCUCUAAUGAGGAAGAAAUUUCUGAAAUGAAAAUUCACCCUACCAAGGCAACUAAUACCAACAAAGUGGUUGUAGAACCCACGCCUUAUUGGUAUAAAGUUACACUUCCGGAAGUCUCUAUCAAAAAUGUGCAACGACUUUCUCCAACCGAUGCUGCAGAGAAAUUAACUUAUGCAAAGCAACUUCUAACUGAAGAAAACGGUAGAGCUGAGUCACAUCCCCUUUUGACUUCUUCCAACCGCAGCUUCAUGUCCAACAUCAUUACGUCUGGUACUUUAAAUGAUAAAGUAUCCGCUUUAACCUUGAUGUUUCGUGAGUCACCUCUUCAUGGCAUGAAAACUUUGGAUACAUUGAUGAAUAUGGGUCGUAAAAAGGGAAGAAAUGAAGCUGUUAUGGCUAUCACCAGCUUGAAAGAUUUGUUCAUCAGUUCAGUGCUACCUGACCGAAAAUUGAUUUACUUUGUUGACAGACCUCUUGCAUCCAAGGAUGUCACGGAUUUACAUUUACUCUUAUGGGCAUUUGAAGAUCACUUGAAAAAGACUUAUCUUGAAUUUCUUAGAAUAAUUGAAGAACUUUGUCAUGAUACCUUAAUGUACGUCCGUAACAACAUGGUCACUUGCUUAUUUGAUCUUUUGGCCAACAAGCCUGAGCAAGAACAGAAUUUGCUGAAACUGCUUGUCAACAAAUUGGGUGAUUCUGAUAACAAAGUUGCUUCGAAGACAUCACAAUUAUUGGUCGAUUUACUGGUCAAACAUCCAGGCAUGAAGUUAUUUGUAAUUCGAGAAGUGGAACAACUUCUCUUCCAUCCUAGCACCAGCGAAAAAGCACAAUAUUACUCGCUUAUUACCAUGAACCAAACUAUCCUGACUUCCAGAGAAACGGUUACUGCCAACAAAUUGAUAGAGAUAUAUUUUGUUUUUUUCCGUAAAUUACUGAAGCUUGUAGAGGAAGACGAGAAGGAAUUAUUGAAGAAUAAGAAGAAGACAGAAGAGGAACCACAACCGGAAAAGAAGAGCGAAAAAAGAAUUGCAAAAGAGAAGCAGCAAAAGAAGAAGGAAUUGGAAAUAGAAGAUCACCAAGCGAAGAUGAUUGCGGCCAUUUUGACGGGUGUAAACCGUGCUUUCCAUUUUGCGAAUAUCUCUGAUGAAAUGGUUGAAAAACAUCUUGAAGUUCUGUAUAAAAUGACUCACGUUGCCACUUUUAAUGCUGCUAUUCAAGCCCUCUCGCUCAUUUUCACUAUCUCGUUAUCAAAGCAAAAUACUUCAGAUCGAUUUUAUAGAACGUUAUAUGAAUCACUGCUCGAUCCUAGACUUAGCCACUCUUCCAAACAAUCAAUGUAUCUGAAUUUACUGUAUAAAGCAGUCAGAGCUGAUACAGAUACUCGACGAGUGAAAGCUUUCAUAAAGCGUAUGGUGCAGAUAGCUCAUCGUAACCAACCGCACUUUAUCACAGGUAUCUUUUUCCUUUUAAGUCAGUUAAUGGAUGCUCAACCUGGUUUAAGGACUAUGCUUGCUUUCCCUGAAGGUGAAGAAGAGGACGAUGAUGAGGAAGAAUAUUUUGUGGAUGCACCCGAGGAGGAGGAUGAUGAGGAAAAGAAAAAGAAAAUUGCUGAGGAAAAGGCUAAAAGAGCCGCCAAUAAGCAAGAAUAUGAUGGAAGAAAGCGUGAUCCUCGUUUCGCUAAUGCUGAAAAAACUUAUUUAUGGGAACUGAUUCCCUUCAAGAAACAUUAUCAUCCCUCAGUAUGUAAAUAUACUGAACAACUAUUUGCAGGAGAGAAGAUCCAAAACCAGGAAGAUCUUCAUCAAUUCACAUUAAUGCAUUUCUUGGACAAGUUCGUGUAUCGUAAUGCUAAGAAACAAGCUACAACAAAGGGCCAAUCUAUCAUGCAGCCUCUUCCUGGUAGUAGACGUGAUGGUGGUGUCAUCUUUACUAAGGGUAGCGGUAUUGUUGGAGAAGAUACUCCUCUCAAUUCUGAGAAAUUCUUGGAAAAGAAGGAAGAAGAUGUGGAUGCUGAUGAGUUGUUCUUUUAUAAAUAUUUCAAUCAAAAGGCGGCCGAAGCACCCAAGAAACCAAAGAAGGCAGCUGCCGAUUCUGAAGAUGCUGAAGAAGAUGAAAUUUGGCGUGCUAUGAUGAAUUCUGUGCCUGGUGGUUUGGAAGACGAAGACGAAGAUGACGCAGAUCUGGACGAUGAUGAGGACGAUGAAGAGAUGAGAGCCUUAUUAAUGGAAGAUGAGGACGACGAGGACGUCGACGAAGCUGAAAAUCUAUCAGAAGGUUUGAUAGAAUCGGAUGAAGAAGACAUGGACGGAGAAGACGAUGUUGAGCUUGAGUUCAUGAAUGCAUCUGAUAUGGACGAAGCAGAAGAAGAACAAACGAGUAAGCGUGCCCUUGAUUCCGAUGAAGACGAAGAAGGAGAGGAAGCUCCCAGUAAACCCAAGAAAAAGAAGGCAAAGAAGGACAAAUUACCCACUUUUGCAUCUUACGAAGACUAUGCCAAACUUAUUGAACAAGAUUUGGCAAAUGAUGAAGAUUAAUUGUCAUGCUUUCGAGCUGCCUUUAUAAAGUUACACUAUCUUAAUCCUGUACAUAUCCAUUCUUUUCUCACUCACACACACACACAUAUAUAUAUACAUGUAAUAAAGGUUUAUACCUCG